AUUCUUUUUUUCAUUUUGCUCACUGAUUUCCUUAUUCAAAAUGGAAGAUAUUGAUGAGUUGCCAAGCUUGGCUAUGGAAUUGAGUACCAGUAAUGCUCCGAAAUGCACAAUUUGUGGGAGAGAUGCAUCCUGUCAUAACUAUGGGGUUCUCUCGUGCAAUGCGUGCAAAAUGUUCUUCCGCCGCGUUGUGAUUGAGCAGUUAACCUACCACUGCAAGAAAUGGAACAUGUGCCUUGAAAAUUCCGGUCAGCCAAUUCUUCAAUGCAAAGCGUGCCGCUUCGAAAAAUGCUUGCAACUUGGGAUGACGCUAGGUCAACUCGAGAAGAUACAACUUCCUGACUUGAUCCAUCCCGAUUUUAAAUCGGAUUCUCUAAUUAAAAAUGUUAUGUUUUUAAACUCCACAAAACGCUUCAAAUUGUGCAAUUUCUACACUUCUGAGGAUCCAACACUGGAAGAUAUGGUUCAAAGAACUAAGCGAUCAAGGAUGAAGCGAAAAACUGGAAAACAAGUGAUAUCAGUAGAGGAAUGGAGUUUUCAAGCUAUUUAUAUUGCCGUUGAAAUGUUUUUGAGUUUGGAUUUUAUGAAUUCUAUUGAGAAUGAUGAUAAGAUUGUUCUACUUCGAAAUUUCUCUUCAAAAUCUAUGCAACUUGAUAGUGCGAUGAGGUCUCUGAAUGCCAAAGUUGAUAGAGUGAUAACGCCUGAUGGUAAUGAAGUUUACUCGGAUUUGCUGUUGGCAAUGUUCUCUAUUGAUUUUCUAAACAGCAUACGGAGCAGUUUAGUGGUUCGCGUUGAAGAGCUCAAAGUUACCGAGCAGGAGCACGCUUUGCUAAAUUUUUUGCUGUUUUGUAAUCCAGCCAUCCACCCGUUAUCUGAAAGAACUCGAAGACUCCUAGCAACCCGCCAGAAGUCAUAUAGUUCUGCCCUUCUUCAAUAUUGCCUUUUAACCUACCAACAAUCGGGUCCUUCUAGAUUUGCGGACCUUCUGUCACUAUCACAUGUUAUCAAUAAGACAUCGGAAGACGCUAACAGUCUCACAACACUUUGCCAGAUGUACAUGCCACAAGUUAAAUUGAAAAAAUUGUUGAUUGAUAUUUGUAUUAAUGUAUAAAGGUGUUUCUUAAGUUGUAAAAUUUU